UACUGUACCACGCGCUCCUGUGACGGGACUAUACAAUACCAUACUCCGCUGGGCAGAAAGUGCUCUUGGAAAAGUUUUACUCCUGAAAGUAUGGCCAGAUAUAAGCCCUGGCAGUUUGGUUGCUGUCUCUGUAUUGGUUUAUUGGGUGCUAUAAUAUCAAUUUGUCUCUGCAUAGCCUUCGAUGUAUUUAUCCACCGGGGAUGCUCGGAAGACACCUUCAAGAACGCGGCGGUUUCUGCGGACUCUCAACUUUGCUCAGAGAUUGGCAGAGACAUACUGCUAGAAGGAGGGUCGGCAGUAGAUGGGGCCAUUGCAGCUCUGUUAUGCACCUCACUGGUCAACCCUCAGAGCAUGGGCCUGGGAGGAGGCUCUAUAUUUACUGUUAGGGAUACAUUUGGUAAGGUGAAAACCUUCAGUUCGAGAGAGACUGUCCCACAGUUAUUCAAAGCUGACCUGUUGAAGGGCUGUCCCACAUCUGUCACAUUUAUCACAGGUAGUCAAUGGAUUGGCGUUCCUGGAGAGUUGCGUGGGUAUGAGGUGGUUCACAGACAGUAUGGGAAGCUGCCCUGGGCCCGGCUGUUUGAGCCCACCAUUAGACUGGCCAGAGAGGGAUUCCCCCUGCCGCCCUUCCUGGGACGCCUCCUUAACUUCCCAAUCAUAGAAAACCUGGUGAAAGCAACAUCACUCUGUGAGGUGUUCUGCAACAAGAACAAAACGGUGCUGGGCAUGGGGGACAUAUUGAAGUUCCCUAAGCUGGCGGAAACCAUGGAAACCAUUGCAGAACAAGGAGCAGAUGCCUUUUAUACUGGCCAAAUUGGACUUGACUUGAUCCAAGAUGUAAAAGCAGCAGGUGGGACCCUAACCAUGGAGGAUCUGAAGUCAUUCCAAGUCAGAGUGGAAGAUGCCUGGACUGUUCCUCUGGGAGAUUACCAGAUGCACAUCCCUCCACCUCCAGCAGGGGGAGCCAUGCUUGCCUUUAUUCUCAACAUCAUUAAAGGGUUUCAUUUCACCCCCAGGUCCAUGGAGGGGGACCAGAAGGUCCUGACCUAUCACUGCUACAUUGAGGCAGCUAAAUUUGCUAACGGACAGAGAACACGCGUCCACGAUCCUGUCUUCAACCCUAAAACAGAUGCAUCGUAUAUGGUGGACUCAGAUUUUGCUGAUCGGAUCAGGGUAUUGAUCAGUAAAAACCGUACCUAUAACAACUCCUACUACAACAUCACACAUUCCCCUGACCGCUUUGGGACCACACACGUGUCAGUCCUGGCUGAAGAUGGAUCUGCAGUCUCUGUCACAAGCACCAUCAACCAAAUUUUUGGGGCAGCGAUUUACUCUCCUAGAACAGGCAUCAUCCUUAACAAUGAGCUGGCGGACUUCUGUUUUAGAGCAGAGAGAGUCAGUGCAGGUGAACAACCUCCCUCUUCAAUGGCUCCAGCUAUACUGAGCUCCAGCUCUGGAAAGAAUACCCUUGUAAUUGGGGGAUCUGGGGGUAGCAUGAUCACCACCGCCAUGGCCCUGUCAAUCAUGAACCACCUUUGGUUGGGGAUGAGUUUGAAAGAGGCCAUUGCUGCUCCUGUAGUGUUUGUUGAUGGCAACAACAACGUGAACUUUGAGCCUGCCUUUGAUAAGUCUGUGAUAGAGGCCCUAAAGGUAAUUGGGCACAGAGUGACAGACUACCCAUACUUCUUCAACGUGGUCAAUGCUGUGGCCAAGGAGGACAAAUGCAUCACAGCCGUGUCAGACGGCAGAAAGCAGGGCAAAGCUGCUGGCUACUGACCAAUAGAAAACCAGGACAUUAAGAGGUUCCCAGGACCAGGUGUUCCCUUACUCAGGUCUACAGCCAAAUAGUGGGCCUCAGUAGAUCACUGCAGUAGAUCCAAGGGGAUCAUCAUUUUAGUGAGAUGUAUUUUUAUAGUUCAUUUAUUUGUAUAUAUUAAACCAACAGUCCAAGAGCCUUAUUCUAAACCAACAGUCCAAGAGCCUUAAGAAGAAUCAAAUGUGCCUCUUGACAUAAUAGUUUGGGCAUUUUGGGGGGGGCCUCUCACUUUGGCACUCAAAUGGAUGGAGUUUCACAUUUUACAAAGUACAUACAGUACAUAUUUGUUCUUGAGGACUUACUGCACAGUACACAUACAGUAUAGUGAGGUCCUGAAGGAACUGACAUGGGAACAGAAGGUCAGUACAGCCUGUCAGCCUGUGGUAUCAUGGGGCUCUUGCUGUGACCACAAGGACCUGUCAGAUUCAGGCAGAACAUGUAACCACACAAUCUUCCAAGUUCAUUUAUUAGUCCUUCUCUGGAGUGUAGUAGCAAAUAGAUAGCAAAUAGAAUCAACAUCUGAAAUAGCAAGUAAAUCGGUUAGAGGGGCUGAAUGAAUUCUGGUGCGAUAGUGAUAGUAUGCAAUCUUGCAAAGCUUUAAUGGCACGUAUUACCAAAAUGUGAAAAGUAAUGAGCACUGAUGUUGAUACUGUGAGAGUACUGUGUUAGCUUUUUAUGUAUUUAAUUGACCUCACUAGGGCCUGUUGUCACAAAUGUACAGAUUUAUAUAGGUCCCCUCCAGGUCUAUUAAAACUUCAACCAGUGUUAACUUUCAGCAAGUUGUGUCUGAGAUGAAUACUAAUUAGUUCUAUUUUUUUCUGUUUGCCCUAAAAGAGGUGAGAACAGCCCCCCCCCCCCCCCCCCCCACCCCGCCCCGACAGAGACAAAGGCAAUAGUAAUGAGAUGUGUUUCAAUAGUGGAGCUUAUGAAUGAGUAAUGAUCUCCGAAGUGGAUCCUCCCAGGCGCUAGAUGUGAAUUAUGAAAACAUGCAAAUUUGCUACCCAGUGUUAGGUGCUGGUAUCUGGUGUUCAUGUGGGAUAAUUUGGAGUAAAGGAGCUCAGUCUUUGGUAUGUGGCAGAGUGUUUCAUCAGGUUUAGCUGAAUGAUAGUAAGGCUCUCGUGAAUCAGACCAUCUCGAACACUCGUGGAAAUGCUUGACUAAAGCCUUAUUCAACUCUCCAAUACAGCAUAUUCUCUGUCCAGGGCAUGCCAAAGCUGUAAAAUAGUUGUUAAAAGCUUUGCCUCAUAGUUUUGUCUCUUUUGUAUCCUGCUCUCCAAAGGUUUAAGUGCUUUGUGGUCCUUUCCCUCCAAUAAUACAGUGAGAGAUGUGGUAUGACCCUGUCAGAAGAGACAGUAUUGUUGAGGUCAUGUCAUGAGCGUUUACUGAACUCUUGUUGGUGGGGAAUGAUUGUUAAAGUCAUAAACUGUAGCUCUGCAGCACUUUGACCUUUGUCCAUAGUACGUCACAUGUCCAAAACAUGACGCUAAAGACAAUAGACACAGGUUCAAUUUUUGCUGACAGACCUUGUCCCUUUUUGUUUGCUAUAUUUGGUCAUAGAGUAUAUGGUCUAUGCUACACAUUCACUAUAUCCCUGAUAUGGUGCUACUGAGAAUAGUUCCAGGUUUGGUUUACAUUAGUUUUCUUGUGAUCCUCUAUGCUAUUAUGACAUAAUGGUUUCAUGUUUACUGUCCAAGUAACAUGCAUCAAGUAAACGCAUGCAAUAUAUAUAUAUUUUUUUAAAGUGUGGGGAAACAGUUAUGUCACACUUAGCCUUACAAGUUAAAAAAUGAUCAUCAAUAAAUAUGUUGUCAUGGUAUAGGCAAUGUGAUGCAGAAACGUUGGUGGUUUAGCAAAUAGAUUUCUGGUAGCUUAUGCAGUGCUUUUGGAAAGUAUUCAGACCCCUUGACUUUUUCCACAUUUCUUAACGUAACAGCCUUGUUUAAAAUGUAUUAAAUUGUUUUUCCCCCCCAUCAAUCUACACACAAUACCCCAAUACUGACGAAGCAAAAACAGAUUUUUAGAAAUGUUUGCAAAUGUAAAAACUCAAAUAUCACAUUAGCAUAAGUAUUCAGUCCCUUUACUCACUAUUUUGUUGAAGCUCCUUUGGCAGCGAUUACUGCCUUGAGUCUUCGUGGGUAUGAUGCUACAGUACAAGCUUGGAACACCUGUAUUUCUCCCAUUCUUCUUUGCAGAUCCUCUCAAGCUCUGUUAGGUUGGAUGGGGAGUGUCACUGCGCAGCUAUUGUCAGGUCUCUCCAGAGAUGUUCGAUCGGGUUCAAGUCCAGGCUCUGGCAGGGCCCUCAGGGACAUUCAGAGACUUAUUCCAAAACCGCAUUGACUUGGCUGUGUGCUUAGUGUCGUUGUCCAGUUGUAAGGUGAACAUUCGCACCAGUCUGAGCCCUCUGGAGCAGGUUUUCAUCAAGGAUCUCUCUGUACUUUGCUCUGUUCAUCUUUCCCUCCAUCCUGACUAGUCUCCCAGUCCCUACCGCUGAAAAACAUCCCCACAGUAUGAUGCUGCCACCAACAUGCUUCAGCAUAGGGAUGGUACCAGGUUACCUCCAGAUGUGACGCUUGGUAUUCAGACCAUAGAGUUCAAUCUUGGUUUCAUCAGACCAGAGAAUCUUGUUUCUCAAGGUCUGAGAGUCCUUUCUGUGACUUUUGGCAAACUCCAAGUGCUGCCACGUGCAUUUUACUGAGGAGUGGCUUCCGUCUGGACACUACCAUAAAGGCCUGAUUGGUGGAGUGCUGCAGAGAUGGUUGUCCUUCUGGAAGGUUCUCCCAUAUCCACAGGGGAACUCUGGAGCUCUGUCAGUGACCAUUGGGUUCUUGGUAAUCUCCCUGACCAACGCCUUUCUCCCCUGAUUGCUCAGUUCUUGGUAGAGUCUUGGUGGUUCCAAACUUCUUCCAUUUAAGAAUGAUUGAGGCCACUGUGUUCUUGGGGACCUUCAAUACUGCAGAAAUGUUUUUGGGACCCUUCCCCAGAUCUAUACCUCAUCACAAUCCUGUCUCGGAGCUCUACGGACAAUUCCUUCAACCUCAUGGCUUUGUUUUUGCUCUGACAUGCACUGUCAGCUAUGGGACCUUUAUAUAGACAGGUGUGUGAAUUUACCACAGAUGGACUCCAAUCAAGUUGUAGAAACAUCUCAAGGAUGACAAAUGGAAACAGGAUGCACCUGAACUCAAUUUCGAGUCUCAUAGCAAAGGGUCUGAAUACUUAUGUAAAUAUGGUAUUUCUGUUGUUUAAUAUAUAUAUAUAUAUAUAUAUAUAUAAUCAAUUUUAGAAUAAGGCUGUGGGCGAAUCUAUUUAUUAGUAUAGCCUACAUGGUGUAUUUUACCAACAUAAAUUAACAAAUGGCAAACAAACAUUGCACUUUGCAGUCGUAUCAUGAGAACAAUUGAACCAUGAAGUAAGCCCACUGUUAUUAUUUUAAACUUUGUUUCUGUCUUCCUGUGUUUUCAUUGUUGGUCAAUGCUUAUAAGAUUGUUGCAGUCUUGUUAACAUUACAUCAUAAAACUGUUAUAUGGGUA